GUUGCUGUUUUGAGAUAUCAAAAAAUGAGUUUGACCCUAUCCUUGUUCUGAUUCGGUUAAAGAUUUUGCAUUUAUAUUAAAAAGAUUCUGUUCUAGAUUUUCCGGAAAACACAGACACAUUAUUAGAGAGAGAGUAGCUAGCGAGCUUUUCUUUAUUUUUCUUUUCAAUUAAAUGGAAGAUGAUCAUAAUACAAAAGUAGCUCAAGAGCUUCAAAAACAAACCUAUAGUAGCGAUGGUAACGGGAAUGGUAGCGGCGGUGGAGGAGGCGGCGGCGGUGGUAGACCUUCGAAGAAGCCAAAGCAGAAAAAGGUGCCACAGAGAGGACUUGGUGUGGCACAGCUUGAGAAGAUAAGAAUGGAAGAACUGCAGAAGAAGAAUGCUGUUACCAUUCUAUCACCACAACAAGAUUCAGUUGCAUCAACAAAACCCACAUGUAUGCAUCUACCGAUCCAAAACUUUCAUCACUCCAGUCAACCUCCUCCUAGAUCACAAGCUGAAUUUAGGCCUAUGUCACUCAAACAGAUGUUGGAUGCUAAGGUUCCGGGCACCGGUACUGUUCCAUUGACACACAAUUCAGGAUUUGAGGAGGAGAGGUUUUGGGUUGAUCCUGCAGCUAUGCAGUUUCUACCAAGCUUUCCUUUUGAAUCCAAUCCUGUUUGGCCUUUGCCUUAUUUGGGGCAGAAAGCACCACAAUUUCAUCAUCAAUUGACUUCCAUGGUUAAUGUCUCGACACCACCAAUGCCUCAUUACUCAAGAGAGCCCCCUUCAAACCAAAAUUGUAAUGAUAACGGCCUGUUCGCAAGGCAGGCCGAGAAGAUUGUUGGCGUGAAGAGGUCUUACCCCUUCUGCCUGGAUGCUCCUCCUGUGCCUGCUUACAAUUAUAAGUUGCAUCCAUUUGCCGAGACGCAAACGAAUGCCACAACUUUGUGUAAUAGUGGAUUCAAUAAUGAUGCUAGCAAUUCAACUCUCAGGGAACUGCCAUCAUGUUCUGCUUCCAACUCAGAGCUAAACUCAAGGAAAAGAAACAAAGAAAAUGAGAAUUUCGUUGGAGAUUUUCUAACAUUGGCUUCUCCUACUUCUACUUCAUCCCCGCCUUCAAAGACGAAGCCUUUUUCGGCUUUCCUAGCGAUUCCCAAUAAGGACAAUCCUGAAUCUGAAUCACCAUCUUUUCAGGAUACUAUAGAAGAUCAAGUUCCUCAAGUGCAAGCAUUCAACCGCUUCAAUCAACAGAAGCAACCUUUUUAUUAUUUCUUCCCUCCGGUGGCCGAUGAGCUGCAAAUCGGACUUUCAGCAGCUAGAACUCAGAAUGUUAAUGAAGCUAAAGAAAACGUUGAUCUUAAUUUGAAACUUGGAAAAUAGAAGAUCAAGUUCCAUCCCCCUAAUUCAUAUGUAUUAUCAUCAAACUUUUAGGCCCGUUGACAGUUGUUCCUCACUAUGAAACUUUUCAUAGUCAUAUCUUAGGUUAAAUUUUUUGCAAAGUGGGUAGAUGUUUCUAUGUUUGCACAUGUAAAAGUUUGAGACUGAAAAGGACUUGAAAUAUUGGCCAUGUGUAGAUAGAGAUGUUGCAUUGCUUUGUUUCUUUAGAGACUUGAUUUGAUCUGG